CUAUGUUGCAAGUAUGGUACGAGCUAGUGAUGAUUCCGGAUACCUUCAUGCAGCCGACAUCACACAACGAAAUAUUGCCAUAGCUUUUCAAUCGACAUCAAUGAUGAUACCUCCUGCAUUAUCCUUCAGAUUUAUAAGUUACUGCUUAUCUGUUUGGUCGGUGAAGAGAUACGGAGAGAUCAAUAGGGAAAUGCUGUUCCACAGGUCGGGAGUGUUCACUAUUGAUCCUUCCUUGGAUAUGUAUAUUCUUUGUGAAGAUGACAAGAUAACGGUCCGUCUUGUUCAUGCAAGAACAAACGCAGUCAUAAGGAGGGAUCUUGCUUCCAGUAUCAAUGAAUGUUUAACAUCAGCCUUAGAGAAAAUAAGUCAGCUGUAUAUUAGAACAAGUGGCGAUCAGAGCCAUUCCAGUGAUGCAUCGUUUGUAGCAAAUGUAUGUUGUAAAUCACCAGAUAAGCCAUGCAUCUUACCAUUCAACAGUCUUGCUCAAGAAGGCAAAAUAUGGAACUGUCCUACUCAUGGCAUUGAGCACAACAUACACACGAUAAAAUCGUGGAUACCAGGAAAGGAUGAAGACAGAUGUGAACCAGGGUGUCCAGUUACAAAUGACGAGUUUUUGAAAGAACGGCCAUCAGAUCUUCACUUACGACGCUUAUCAUUAGUUUACAAUAGAAAUGAAACUCAAGAACUAGCACUACAGUUAGGAUUAACGUCAGCUGAUUUUGACAACCUUUCACGCACUGAGGAUUCAGAGACGUGGAAAUUUGAAGUAUUCAAAAAAUGUCGGGAUAGAUUUGCAUUGACAUUUAGAAAUAUCAGAGACGCAUGUGAAGCUGGCAAAUUUGGGAAUAUCCAUAGACUUUGCAAGCUUGUGAAAGGAGUUUAUAUUGAUUUUGAUACUGAACCCGAGAAGUGGGAUCUGGUACCUACAGAAGAACACAUUGACAGAUUAGCUCCAUUAAUUGGGAACAACUCUCUUCAGUUUCUUAUCGAACUAGAAAUGGAAUUUAAGACGUGGGAACAGAUAAUGUACAGGCACACAAUUGAAAGAGAUUUGGUGAAGCUUAACAAAGAUAUUUUAGAAGAAUGGAAAACCAAAUUUUGUAAGAUGCACAGUCUUAAGCCAACUUUGCGUAAAAUUGCACAGGCAUUUAGUAACAUUGGCAAACAUAUACAAAUUGUUGAAAACACAUUAUCAGACCUGUUAUAACUUUGCAACCAUGCCAGUUGUAAUUUGCCCUGUUUCUAUCAAUUCUUCAACUUAAAGAAAGUACAAAUUGUGUAGUAUAUACACUCCGUAUGAUUUUUUGUUCGUUUUCGGUACUUUGCGUUAAUGUCACGUCUUCAAUG